AUGAUGAAAACCGGGUCCGGCUUAAACGACGAGUUUGGCCACUGGCCGAAGAAUCUGCCCCUCGGGUGUGUGUGUGUGCGCGCGCGCUCGUUCGGCGCCUUUUUUUUUUGCCGCCCGUUUUGGUCGGUGCUUGGGUGGCGCUUCGUGGGGCGGAAAUGGCCAAAGAAUCUUCUGAGCUGGGAAAAGGCCGGGUCGCCGACCCCCGAAAAGGCCCCCAAAUGGUGCGGCUUUUCGCCGCUUUUGUUUUCAAAUGCGAGGGGCGCGGGGGAUUGCCCCGCGAACCCCGUGCUUUUCCGCUCCGGGGGGGGGGUGGGAGGG